CUAACCAGGAACCCACCGAAUCGAAACAGACUCAAAGCAACACGGAUCGGACCGAGACCAGCCGAUUUGAGACCAACCGGACCGAGCCAAACCACGGUGAAGAUGGCAUCCUCCUCCAUCACAAAAUUGGGCGGCGUUAUUGUGGUGACACAGGUGAUCCCUCAGGAUGAAAAAAAUGGUGUGGCUCUGAAAGACACGCCCUCUCCUGACCCGGCCACUCCCACUGAUGCCCAAGCCCCACCCACCAGCACUGAAGUCCCGCAAUCUACCCUGAAGAAGAUGGACAAGAUGACGGCAGAGUUUCUGCUUGGUGAACCUAUCAUCAUGGGGGUUUUCCAGUUGUUCCUUGGACUCGUCUGCGUUUUGUUCGGACUUACGGCAACGUUCCACAGAAUCCUGCUGUUCCACGCUCCAGUCUGCUCCUCUGUCAUAUUUGUUGUUGCUGGUUGUGUGACUCUGGUGGCCGCAAAAUCCACGACUCCUUUUUUGGUGCAUCUAACGGCCGGUUGGAGCAUGCUCAGUUGUCUCCUGAGCAUUGGGGGCGUGGCCUACCUAAGCUGGCUGCUAUCCUGGCCCCGCCCCUCAGAGCAACUCUGCAAUGAAUUUGAGUACAAGGAAUGUGUCGAGAAACACUUCAUGCGCUUGGAUACCCUGGUUCUUGGUCUUCAGAUCCUCUUCCUGGUUUUGUUGGUGAUGGAACUGAUCUUCUCCAUCAUCGUCUCCACCUUCUCCAUAAAAGCAUCCCGACAGCGUCGCCUGCAGGUUUUGUCUGAAAGUGACAGUGAGGAGAGUUUACUGCAGUCGGAAUGAGACACUGCAUGGCCUCUGAAUGCACUGGAGAGACGAAGAAAAACGAGGAAAUGAAAGGAGAAGAGGAAUAAAGAGUUUUCUAUUGAAGGGUUUUUCCAGCACUUGUUGUUUUAUAUGGAUCUAAAGCAAGACUAAAGCAAGACUAAAGCAAGACUAAAGCAAGACUAAAGCAAGACUAAAGCAAGACUAAAGCAAGACUAAAGCAAGACUAAAGCAGGACAGAACCAGGACAGAACCAGGUCUGAACCAUUUCUAAACUAGGUCUAAACAGUUCUAAACCAGUUCUAAACCAAGACUAAACUAGGACUAAACCAGGCCUAUCUUCUGGAUUGGGGCCUUCCUGUCUCUUUUUUUUUGGGUUUUCACAUAUAAUGGACUUUUUAUUUUAAAACUUCUGAAAUGGUGAAAUAAAAAUGUUUAUGUUCAGUGGUGUUUGUGUGAUUAAGGUGAAUCUGCAGUUAUUAAAUAAACGUUCACUAUGGAACAUUUCUGCUCCACCACCUUCUGGUUUCCACAGAGAUGUUAAUGCUUUCCCUUGAAUUUCCCACAGUAUGGU